AGGCACGAUGAUUUGGUUGGUGUCCAAGACUCUCUUUUUGUUCACAUUCGGAUAAUCAAAAUACACGUAAACACAGAGUUCGAGCAGCUUAGAAACCAUAACCUAAUUAUCAUAAACUUGUCAGCUCAGUGACAGAGGCGUGAGAGCAAGGAGUGGGGGAAUGGAACAGAAAUGGCGGAGACCAGAGCAGACGCGUCCAUAGCAGUGAUGAUGUCAGAUGAUAGCGGAUAAUGGUACGCGAAUGUUAAAACGAAGAGUAUUGCCACACCCAAGAUAUCUGCAAAGCACAACUUUAUAUUGAGAAAAUAUAAAAUCUUAUUUUUAAACGCAUUUUUAACAGUCAGUAAGCUUUACCUCCGUCAUGGAAGCACAUGCACGUGCUCCUGAACCUUUAACAAAGGAUGGUGACAUGGCCAGAAAUUGGCAAAGCUGGAAGGAAGAUUUCAUUAUAUUUAUGAAAGUAACCGGAUACAUCGAUAAACCGAAUGAACUCCGUGCAAAUCUCUUAAAAAAUCGAAUUGGAAAAGUUGGCAUUGAUGCCAUACAAGCUAUGUCUUUUGAUAAUCCACAAGAUAAAGAUGACAUGGAGAUAUUGAUUACAAAACUUGAAAACUAUUUUAAUCCACCAAAAAAAGAAGUGAUUGAACGAUAUAAUUUUUUUACCAGAGCAAAGAAACAGAAUGAAUCUAUUGAACAGUAUAUAAAUAUCUUAAAAGAGAAGGCUAAAACUUGCAAUUUCAACGACAUGACAGAUAGCAUCAUACGAGACAAAAUUAUGCUUGAUACACAUGACAAAAUACUUCGUAAAAAAUUUUUUGAAGUAGACAAUUUAGAUCUACAGAAGCUGGUGAUGAUUUACAAUGAUUAUAAUAUCAACACUGAAAAGAUGAAACAGAUUACUAAAGAAAAUAAAAUGCAAUCUGAAAAUCCUACACCAUCAAAGCAAGUGGAUAAUAAUAUAAAGAAAGAUGUUACUAAUAUAAAGAAAGAUGUUACUAAUAUAAAGAAAGGUUGUUGGAGAUGCAGCACUAUGCAUCCACAAGGAAAAUGUCCCGCUUGGGGAUCAAAGUGUACAAAAUGUGGCGACACAAAUCACUUUACUCAUUGUUGUAAGGGUCCUAAAAAUAAUUCUAAAGCAGAUGACGACAAGGUGAAUAAAAAUUUACUGGAUGCAAUGGCAAAACUGAAACCUGUAUCAAAGAAUAAUAACAAAUGGAAUAAUCAAGCAGAUUACGAAGCUAUGGAUUCAAUAAAUAAAAUGACCAGUCUUCCAGAUAUUCCGAAAACAUCUUGCGGUGCUGCAAAUUCAUCUUUCAACAGUGACAUUACUUCUGACUUUGUAAUGUUAAAUGCGCCUAGUACAAGUUCAAAUUUACGACAUAAUAAUACUACAAAUCAACCAGCAUUUUUGUCUAGCGAUACACAAUAUAAUUAUUCGGAUGUAAAAGGAGCCAGUGCUAGAAUGACCACCGAUGUAAAAGGAGCCAGUGCCAGAAUGGCCACCGAUUCAUCCAACAAGUGUGAAAAGAUUUAUCAUACAACAAUGCAUGCAAAUACUCCUCACAGAUCAAACAAUACUUUUAAAAGUAUUCCAAGAAGUACAAAUGCAUCGCAGUUUCAACACACGCAGAAAUAUAAACACCAUGAAAAGAAGAAUUCGGACGAAGAUUGUGUACUCUCUUAAAUAUAUCUUUUAGUAUUAUACAUCUUAUAGAUAUACUCUGUGAAGUUUUAAUGAUAAAAGUAUUUUGUGAAGUUAUGAUAAAAAAUUCUAUUCUAAUGAGGUUCUUUUACCUCUUGUUUCUAUUUAAAAUGUUAUAUUUUAAUUAGACUUAAAGAUAAGUCACAGAUAAAUUUUAGUUUUUAUUAAUUCAUUAAUUUAGAAAUGAGGAAAAUCUAUAAUGAUGAUUUAUAGUUUUAACUUUUAUUUGUAAUUAUAUGUAAUUUACAAUGGGAAAGGAAUGACUUAUGGAAUAUUAUAUGUUGUACGAUGUAUCUGAUACUAACGCUGAUAAUAACGCUAAAAAAUCAUUUUUUAUUAUAUAUUGGAUAUAUAUAUUUAUGAAAUAAAUGACAUUACCUUUUA